UGCACCUCAAUGAACCUAAGUGGUGCACUGUGAGCGACCAUCAUCCAGCCACUGGAUUUCCAUCGCACCCGGCUUUCAUCCAGAACAUAUGAAUCUGCUUAGACAGACCCUUUUAAGGAACUGAACAGAUAGGUCGGAGAAAAUGGCACAACGCGUGGUUUUCUUUCUACUGUGGCUCUUUGACAGAUCAUUCGCAGGAUUUCCCAAUCAGAUUAAUAUCGGGGGGCUGUUCAUGCGUUCCACGGUGCAGGAGCACAGCGCGUUCAGAUUCGCUGUCCAACUCUACAACACCAACCAAAACACUACUGAAAAGCCUUUCCACCUCAACUACAACGUAGACAACCUGGAGUCGUCCAACAGCUUUUCAGUCACCCAUGCGUUUUGCUCCCAGUUCUCCCGCGGGGUGUACGCCAUCUUCGGAUUCUACGACAAGAAGUCCAUGAACACCUUGACCUCAUUCUGUGGCGCUCUGCACACCUCCUUUGUCACACCCAGUUACCCCACUGAUAAUGAGGUGCAGUUUGUCAUCCAGAUGCGACCUGCCCUGCGGGGUGCUGUCCUCAGCCUGCUCUCUCACUACAAGUGGCAGAAGUUUGUCUACCUCUACGACACUGACCGAGGUUUCUCUAUACUGCAGGCCAUCAUGGAGGCAGCAGUAGCCAACAACUGGCAGGUGACCGCUCGCUCUGUCAGCAGCACAACAGAUGCAGCAGAGUUCAAGCGCAUCAUUGAGGAGAUGGACAGGAGGCAGGAGAAGCGCUUUGUGAUUGAUUGUGAGGUGGACAGAAUCAACACCAUAUUAGAACAGGUUGUGACCCUGGGGAAGAACAGUCGUGGUUACCACUACAUUCUGGCCAAUCUAGGUUUUUCUAAUGUAAGCUUGGACAAAGUAUUUGCUGGUGGAGCCAACAUUUCAGGGUUUCAGAUCGUCAACCCUGAGAACCUGAUUGUGCAGCAGUUUAUGCAGCGCUGGGAGCGACUAGAUGAAAGAGAAUUCCCAGAAGCCCGAAAUGCUCCUCUGAAGUACACUUCAGCGCUGACCCAUGAUGCCAUCCUGGUAAUAGCAGAGGCCUUCAGGUACCUGCGCCGCCAACGUGUGGAUGUCUCUCGCCGGGGCAGCGCCGGAGAUUGUCUAGCCAAUCCCGCUGUACCUUGGAGCCAAGGCAUCGACAUUGAGAGAGCCCUCAAAACGGUCCAAGUGCAGGGAAUGACCGGAAAUAUCCAGUUUGACAACUAUGGCCGCAGAACGAACUACACCAUAGAUGUGUAUGAGAUGAAAACAGGUGGGCCGAGGAAGAUUGGAUACUGGAACGAGUACACGAGAUUUGUAAAUAUUAUGGACCCGCAGGUCUCCAACGACUCCUCAGUGGAAAACCGAACGAUUGUGGUCACUACUAUUAUGGAAGCUCCUUAUGUGAUGAUCAAGAAAAAUUAUAUGCAUCUGGAGGGGAAUGACAGAUAUGAAGGCUACUGCGUCGAUUUAGCAUCUGAGAUUGCCAAACAUGUUGGAAUUAAGUACAAACUGUCUAUAGUAAUGGAUGGCAAGUACGGAGCCCGAGACCCAGACACCAAGACGUGGAACGGGAUGGUGGGUGAACUGGUCUAUGGGAGAGCAGAUAUAGCUAUUGCACCUCUCACCAUUACUCUGGUUCGAGAGGAGGUGAUAGACUUUUCCAAGCCCUUUAUGAGCUUGGGCAUCUCCAUUAUGAUAAAGAAGCCACAAAAGUCCAAGCCAGGCGUUUUCUCCUUCCUGGACCCACUGGCCUAUGAGAUCUGGAUGUGUAUAGUCUUUGCCUAUAUUGGGGUGAGCGUGGUCCUGUUCCUGGUCAGUCGGUUCAGUCCUUACGAGUGGAAUCUUGAGGAUCAGGACGACACCAAAGAUCCCCAGACUCCCCCUGACCCACCCAAUGACUUUGGAAUCUUCAAUUCCCUCUGGUUCUCCCUGGGUGCCUUCAUGCAGCAGGGCUGUGACAUCUCCCCCAGGUCUCUGUCGGGCCGUAUUGUCGGCGGUGUGUGGUGGUUCUUCACCCUCAUCAUCAUUUCCUCCUACACAGCCAACCUGGCUGCCUUCCUGACGGUGGAGAGGAUGGUCUCUCCUAUAGAAAGUGCUGAAGAUCUGGCUAAGCAGACAGAGAUAGCAUAUGGCACUUUGGACUCGGGCUCCACAAAGGAGUUUUUCAGGCGAUCCAAAAUAGCACCUGAUGGCGUAGCCCGGGUACGAAAGUCAAAGGGCAAGUUCGCCUUUCUCCUCGAGUCCACCAUGAAUGAGUACAUCGAGCAGCGGAAGCCAUGUGACACCAUGAAAGUGGGCGGGAACCUCGACUCAAAAGGCUACGGUGUGGCGACACCCAAAGGCUCAGCAUUAAGAAAUGCUGUUAACCUGGCAGUGUUAAAACUGAAUGAGCAAGGCCUCUUGGACAAAUUGAAAAACAAAUGGUGGUACGACAAGGGAGAGUGCGGCAGCGGGGGAGGUGACUCCAAGGACAAGACAAGUGCUCUCAGCCUAAGCAAUGUGGCUGGUGUCUUCUAUAUUCUGGUUGGAGGGCUGGGGCUGGCCAUGAUGGUGGCUCUGAUAGAGUUCUGUUAUAAAUCACGACAAGAAACCAAACGGCUGAAAUUGGCCAAGAAUGCCCAGAAUUUUAAGCCGGCUCCCCCGACCAACACCCAGAACUUUGCCACAUACAGAGAAGGCUACAACGUAUACGGAACAGAGAGCGUUAAGAUCUAGAGGUUUCGGAAACAUUUCCAUUGUUUCUUACAACUGUGAAUGAACAUCAAUGAAAGGACAGGAUCACGGGGAUUGAGCUCCGAGCCCAAAAUCCUCUUGGGCGGGCACAGCAUGAUAAUCUGCAAUGACGACACGACUGGUCACGGCAAGAGCCGACGCGGUUCCCACCUCUCAGUGCCUUAUGGAACUCUGAGUCCAAUCAAUGCAACUCAUUCACAAUGAUAUUGCUUUUUGCUUGAAACUCAUACAAAACAGAAGAAUGGUGCAGUGAUAAAAAGAAUAUAUAAAAUACAUUUGACAUGUCACAAUGUAUGAGAGAACUAAAGCCAUCAUUUACAACCCUAAGCACAUUUUGAAGUGCCAGACAGAUGAGGAAUCUUACAGGAAAAGUGUCUAAUUGGUUUCUUGUAAUCAAUAUGGUGAAAUUACUCUUCAUCAUUCUGCUGCCAGAUUUUCACUGGUUAUACAAUAUGUGUUCAAAUUAGUUUAUCAGCUCUACUCAGUGCACUAUAAGACACUGGUUAUUAAACAAUAGGUUUUAUACAGCUUCAAGUCACUUAUGGUGACCGUGUACUUGUUUUAAAAUGCAGAUUGGUCUUAUUGGAGUGAAAUGCCAUUCAGCCCUAAACAGUGACGAGUGUGAUGUUUGUACUCUAAACUCUGGUGCUGCUGCCGCUGUCUUCUGAACUUUUCGAUGGGACUCAAGAGGAUGAGAAGAUGAUCUUGUUUGGGUUUUACGUACUACAGAACCAGGUCAUAAUUCGCACUUCCAAUACUGCCAAGAGUGUGUUUUGUAUGACAAAGAGUGUGUAAAACAAAGUAUUAAUGCUUGAUUUAAAAAUAAUAAUAAUAAUAAUAAUCAUCUGUUUGUGAUUUACAAUUUGUAAAAUAUCAAAGUCAAAGUGCUGACUCACUAAGGUUUGCAGCUCCUACCAGUUUUUUCCAUGAAGUCUAGAGUCAUUCAAGUCUUCUGUACAUGAAAGUAAAACCAAAUAAAAAGGGUAAUUCAAUUGUAGAUUAACUGCAAUCCAAUUAAAGGAUAACAGUAAUGGCUUUUUGAACUGUAGUAUUUUGGAUUACCUUACCAUUUUCUUUA